AACUGUCGGACCAACAGGCAUGGAGUGCAACGCUAACUACUUUUGAUCCAUAAACAAACUACAGACAAAUGAGCACUCUCUAAUUCCGAAAAGAAUCUAAAAAGGAGUGAUCCAUUAACCUCGAUGGCGGAAUCUCUCGGGACCGAAUCCUUGUUGGGGUACUAAAUUGCAUCUGGCGGCUAACGAUCCGUCCGUUGAUGAUGAACCUCAUAACUGGGAGGAUUCGCGCAGUUUUCGCGGGGACAGCAAGGAGAAUCAUUUCUCUGGACUAAUUGAAGACCUCCCUCUUGAAGAAGUGUGAAACAUGCCCUUGCCAUUUGGCUUAAAACUCAAAAGGACUCGAAGGUAUACUGUUUCAAGCAAGAGCUGUCUUGUCACUCGGAUUCAGCUGCUCAAUGGAGAGUUUGUUGAGUUUACACUUUCAGUGGAGAGCACUGGGCAGGAAUGUUUGGAAGCAGUUGCUCAGAGAUUGGAGUUAAGAGAGAUAACAUACUUUAGCCUGUGGUACUUCAACAAGCAGAACCAGCAGAGAUGGAUUGACUUGGAGAAGCCGCUGAAAAAGCAGCUGGACAAGUAUGGGCUGGAGCCCACCGUUUACUUUGGAGUCGUGUUUUACAUACCCAGUGUCACCCAACUGCAACAGGAGAUCACAAGAUAUCAGUAUUAUCUACAACUGAAGAAGGAUGUUCUGGAGGGCAGGAUCUCAUGCUCACUAGAACAAGCUAUUCGUUUGGCUAGCCUGGCAGUGCAAGCUGACUUUGGAGACUUCAAUCGAUAUGAUUCCCAGGAGUUCCUCCAAAAGUUUGUGUUGUUCCCUAUAGACUGGAUCCAGGAUGAGCGAGUGCUGGAAGAGGCCACUCAGAAAGUGGCUCUUCUUUAUCAGUCCUUCAGGGGUUUAUCAGCCCCAGAGGCAGAGAUGUUGUACAUGCAGGAGGUGGAAAAAAUGGAAGGCUAUGGCCAGGAAAGCUAUCAAGCCAAGGACAGUACAGGCACAGAUGUUAGCCUGGGAUCCUGCCUUGAAGGCAUCUUUGUCAAGCAUAAAAAUGGCAGGCCGCUUCUUUUAUUUAGGUGGAAUGAAAUUAACAACAUGAGUCACAACAGGUCCUUCUUUGCCCUGGAGCUAACCAACAGAGAGGAGAGUGUUCAGUUCCAGACUGAAGACAUGGAAACCUCCAAAUAUGUGUGCCGGAUGUGUCUGGCCAGACUCAAGUUUUAUAAGAUUAACAAGAGUAGCCUGCAAACCCAGCCCACAGUCGUCAACCCUGUCAGACGAAGAUCCUCUACGAGAAUAUCUCUGCCAAAGCCUCAGGCCUACAUGAUGCCCCCUCCACAAAUGCACUACAAUGGCCAUUUCACAGAGCCUUACACAUCGUCACAAGACAACUUGUACAUGAACAGUCAGAACGGUUAUUACUACCACUCCCAGACCAGCCUGGACUGCUCUCCUCUGGAAUAUGGCAGUGGAGGGCGUUUACGUAAUGGCAGCGUGUACAGCGCCCACAGCACCAGCUCACUAACUAAUCCCCAGCACUACCUGCAGCCCUCACCCAUGUCCUCCAACCCGUCUAUCACUAGUGAUAUCACCAGGCCAGACUAUGUUCCCUCACAUCGCCACAGCGCUCUCAUCCCACCUUCCUACCGUGCCACUCCUGAUUAUGAGACAGUGAUGCGUCAGAAGACCCGAGGAGCAGGAGGAGGUAUGGUUUUGUCUCAAGAGCACCGGCAGAGCCACUCCAUGAGGAACCUGAACAUUGGAAACUCAUACGCCUACAGCAGACCAGACCCUCUAGUUUACAGCCAGCCAGAGAUCAGAGGGGAGCAUGGUGGAGCAGCCCAGCACCACCACUAUCCCUUCCAUUUGGGCUCCAGCUUCCACAGCCCCUCUCCAUACCCCUACCCCACAGAGAGGAGACCUGUAGUCGGGGCAGUCAGUGUUCCGGAGCUUACCAAUGUCCAGUUACAACAGGCACAGGAGUAUCCAGCCCCUAACAUCAUGAGAACACACGUGUACCGACCACCUCCACCCUACCCAUACGCCCAUCCCCGGCCCGCAAACAGUACACCUGACUUGUCACGUCACCUGUAUGUCAGCAGUAGUAACCCCGACCUCAUCAUCACGAGGCGUGUGCACCACUCAGUCCAGACUUUCCAGGAGGACAGCCUGCCUGUUGCCCACUCUUUACAAGAAGUGUCAGAGCCCCUCUUCAGUGGACCCCCGCAAAGACACCCAUACCAUGCUCAGAAGCGUAACUCCAUUGAGAUUGCUGGAUUAGCGCACAGUCUCGAGGGGAUAAGGGUCAAAGAGCGGACCAUGUCUUCUUCAGCGGCUGAAACUGCCACGCCACCUCCUGUCCUGCGUGGCGGCCGUUCUCAGGGCUCUCAGCUCAACGUGUUUUUGGAACGUACAAAGACAGAGGACAGGGGUGGCAUUAAGGAGGACGUACAGUAUGGGCACAAAAAGUCUCUUUCAGAUGCCACCAUGCUGGUUCACAGCAGUGGUGAAGAAGAAGAGUUUGAGGACGACAGCGGACGUCACACUCCUCUUUCUCAGGAUGCGGUAGCAGCGAUUGUUCCUGACCAGCCGCCACAGCAGCAUCACAGCUUGACAUCUCUCUCUUCUCUGACGCCUCAGCAACAGACUCCCAUCGAGCCGCCUCCCGCCUACCCCAUAGGCUCCUCCCUGGACCCCUCUAUAACCAGCUCCUUGGCCUACAAGGUUCACCCCCUGAUCCAGGAGAGUGAGCCUCUGUACCUGCUGUCAGAUUUACGUCAGCCCAGGAUCAUGCCGUCGGUCUCCGAGGGUGACCUGAGUGGCCAGGCCAAGCAGAAGACUAAGAAAGACUUCAAGAAGAGGCCUGUGUCUGAUGUGCCUCCCGGGAAGAAAACAGUACAAGGCUUGCCCCCUCCAGGCAUGAAGAAAGGAGCUCGGUCAGAAGUGAAGAAGAUGGGCCCUCUGAAGGUGGCCCAUCUCAACGGCCUGUCAGUGUCCAGGCAGCCAAUGCACGACGAGGUCAAGGAUGAGCCUGAGAGAGCCUCUAAUGACGAGAAGUGUAAAUUUCUAGAGCAGCAUAUGGAACGGGGAGAGUUAUUGAAAGAGUACGAGAGUAUCCCAAAGCGCCAUCCGUCAGCGGAAUAUACCAUCGCCCAGCUGCCAGAGAGCGGAGACAAAAACCGCUUCCAAGACGUCCUGCCUUACGAUAGUACCCGAGUGGAGCUGGUUCCCACCAAAGAAAACAACACAGGAUACAUCAAUGCAUCACAUAUCAGAAUAAUAGUAGGUGGACAGGAGUGGAGCUACAUUGCCACGCAGGGUCCGCUGCCAAACACGUGUCAGGACUUCUGGCAGAUGGUGUGGGAACAGGGUGUCUCCAUCAUCGCCAUGGUUACUGCUGAAGAGGAGAGUGGCAGAGAAAAGAGCUUCCGCUAUUGGCCCCGACUUGGCUCGAGGCACAACACGGUGACGUACGGCCGUUUCAAGAUCACGACGCGGUUCCGCACGGAGUCAAGCUGCUACGCCACCACAGGCCUAAAGAUCAAACACCUCCUGACGGGCCAGGAAAGGACUGUCUGGCACCUGCAGUAUACAGACUGGCCUGACCACGGCUGUCCUGAAGACUUCAAAGGCUUCCUCACCUACCUGGAGGAGAUCCAGUCUGUGAGGAGACACACAAACAGCAUCAGUGAUCCAAAGAACACCAACCUACCUGUGCUGGUCCACUGCAGUGCUGGAGUGGGACGAUCUGGCGUGGUCAUCCUGUCUGAGAUCAUGAUAGCCUGUCUAGAGCACAAUGAGACGCUGGAUGUCCCAAAAGUCCUGUUGAAGGUUCGUGCUCAGAGAAUGAUGAUGGUUCAGACCUUGGCUCAGUACACCUUCAUCUACAGGGUCCUCAUCCAGUACCUCCGCAACUCCAGGCUCAUAUGAGCACAAGUGUCUGUCCGGCCCAAGUCAUCACAGAUGACUGUGGGAUGGAGCUCCAGGUAUACGCCAAACCGCACUGUGAUGACGCAGCUGUUCAAUGUAGCGGUCAGUAUUUGGUUGUAUUAAAUCAGAGCGGGCUGAAGGAAUGAUGUGAUAUGAUGCAGGAGAAAGAAGUGAUGUCACAUGAUGGAGCACAAAGACUUGUGACCUCCCUCUAAACAGUAUUAUAUAUAUUAUUUUUUACAUACAUUAUUGCUUAAUAAAGCCCAGCACUUUUUACAGUACAUAAUGAAAAUCUUUGUGAUAGAUGUGCAUUAAAAACAGCUGAUGAAGGUCACUUUCUUUAAUAGAUAUGUUUUGGAUUGCUGUUUGGUAUCUAUUGGUUCUGAUAAUGAAGGACGUUUCUAUAGUAAUGAAGACAGAGCGGCUAAACCUCCGAAAACAUCACGACUGUCUCAUAUGAAGGUUUGAUCACGGAGUUCAGGUGAUUUUACCUUGAUCAUGUGAACUCUGGUGGUACAGACGGCUCUGUUGUUGCAUUUAACUUAAUUAGAAUAUAUAGAGCUACAUUUAGCAGAAUGAUGAUGUAUACCCUGUGAUUUGGCUGUGCUACUUGCUAUGGGCAGUUUUCAUGUUGAAAAAGCCCCAGUACCCACCAAACAAUGAAGCUAAAAACAAAUGUACAUAUUCUCUCAGUGCACAAGUAGGAUUGUCCUAACAGAGAGGGGUGGGAGAUGGUGAGUUGGUCUUUGUAAAACACUGGAUUGAUGGGAAGUAGAAAUGUAUUGCACAGGUUCCAGACGUAUAUCGUUGAUUAGUGAAGUAAAAGAAUGACAGAGCAGGUGUUUUGGGUUGAAAGUAAAACUGGACAAUUAAUUUUAUACUCAGAAUUUCAUCCCUUUUCUUUUCCAAAUCAUGAAAACUCUUGAGUGCUGUAUUCAAAGAAUAUACCUUUAAAUAUCCUGUCAAGACAAAGUGCCUAAAUGUCUGCAUUGUAAAGUUGAAAGCUGUGUUAUUUUCUGGAUAAUAUGAAGGAACGUUUUCUCGUUCAGUGUCAUUUAUUGCUUGUUUGAUUGCGGUGACGUGCGUUCAUUAAUGCCAAUCGAUACUGAGAAACAAUAAAAUGAAACCAUAAUGAAUUCGGCUUAGAUCCCGAAAGUUGUGACAGUAUUCAGAUGUAACUCGCCGUGCUAUGCAGCUGGCUGCGGUGUUCAGAAUUAGUGGGAGGCUUGAGUUAUGCUCGAUGUUCCCCUGCAGAGCCGCUUCCUGCUGUUACAAAUGGCCUCCUGACGAUUAGUGAACACAUCUGACCAGUACGUGUCCACUUCCUGCUGCAGCUGUACAGAAACGAUGCUGACAGGCAUUGCAAAGUUUACAUAAUGUAUCUUUUUAAUGUUAAUUUGGAAUAUUCUGCCUGUAUUAUCAAUUCAAGGCGCCAACUUAGGUUGCAAUAUGGCCAAAGUGAAGUGACUGUUCGGCCCUCAUUUGUCUUACCGUCAUGUUUUUGUUGUUGGCGUCAGAUACACCCGCAGCGAUCUUAAUGAACUGGAGAAAACUACAUCUCUAACAGAUGUUGAGAUGUAUUUUAAUUGGAUCUUUUUAAGGCCUGUGUAAAUUAGCUUUGUUUUUAUGUUUUAAGAUACUGAUUGAGUCUUAGCGUGGAGACUGAAAAGUGAGUUCUGUGGCCAAGGUGCAACUGUUUUGUCCAUGUACAGGUAUGUUGUUCAUAAUGUACACAAUGUAAAAUUUUGCUUUUAUGAAUAUUGGUUAUUGUACAAACUAUGUAUAAACUGUAUCUAUUGAACAAAAAAUGGUAUGCCAUUGGAAAAAAAAACAAGUGUAGAAAGUCUUUUCAGCCAAGAAUAAAUAUUUGGAAAUAAAUGGUUUCUUCUUCAUA